AUGGCAACCCCAUCCAUGCCCACUCAUAGAGAUCGAAUGGCCCCGACCUUUGACCCCCAUCAACCCUGCAAAUUGAGACGAUAUUUUGCCGAUCUAGACUUCCACUUCGGUCAGUCAGCGAUAGAAGAUGACCAGGAAAAGAAGAAACAUGCUUGCCGAUUCCUGGACGUCGACACCUGCGAGCUUUGGGAAUUGCUCACCACUUUCACCGAUGCCCCAAAGACAUUCAAGGAGUUCUACAAAGAAGUCUACAGAUUGUACCCUGGAUCGGAGGAAGAGCGCAAAUGGUCGGUAUCAGAUAUGGACAAGCUAGUUGGCAAAACAAGCAGGGUUGGCAUCUUGUCUCUCAGCGAACUCGGCAACUAUCAUCGCAAGGCACAAAUCUUGGUUGCCAAACAAGGACACGCCUUCACUAGAGGAUUCCAACUGGAGCUAUGGGCAAGAAUCUUGCAAUGUCUACAACUCAAGUUCCCCGAUCAUUUCCCAGACAACCCAUACAACCUCCAAGACAUCCACAACGCGGCCCGAUUCAUCUUGCAUGGCACCACGUCCGCCUACAGCAUGACCUCUACUGACAUCUCUCGAGCAGCCCCCGCCGCGCUGCCCACCAACGCAAUCAAAGCCGAAGACCUGGCAACCAUGCCAUCACAGCUUAAGGGAUGUCCAGGCCAGCCGAUCAACCAUCCCGACAACCAGGACAAGGCGGCGACAACUGCAUGUUCUGUGGCAGUCCUGAACACUUUAUGUGCACCUGUCCUGAGGACAUUUGGCACUUUCUCCUUCACCGGCUCCCAAACAACAAUGCCAGCCAAGGACGAUGCUCCGAUCCACCCAUACACCAAAGCCCAGGAUGCCGCCUAUGCACUACCACACAAAUGCAACAUGGGGGCCCCGGCAAAGAUACCAUUGGCAAAGAAGGAUGCUCUGGCCUACAAAACUAUGGUGCCAAUCUACGAUGAGAAGGUAGCAGCUGAGGUCUACAAUAGGACAAUGGCCACUCAGGUGACGCUUACCCAGUGCAAACUACUCUCUCUCUCCGCCAAAGUCCGUUCACAGGUCAGAGAAGCCACAUUGGCUCGCCGAUCGCCUGCCAGAGACGCCAGCAAUGUUUGGACCUUCUACCAAGAUGCCAAUCUACCCUACGCCAUUGACGAUCUCGAACCACCGGCUCGACUGACCGUCUCCUCCUUUGUCAAUGUCCUGCACCAACUGGAAACACCCCCGCCAGGUGCAACCAUCAUCCCCAACAUGUAUGAAACGUACCUGAAGAAUCUACAGCCCGAUCAGGUUCCUCAGCCGUUGAUAGUUGCUAAAGAAUCAUCCGCCCUAAGGUCCAUCGUUCCCCUCGUUGAUCAUCAGCAGGAAGUUGAAUGCAUCAUCGACCCGGUGAUGAGCGCGCCACCUCUCUAA